UGUGUGUGAGAGAAAGAAAGAAAGAGAUGGUCAAAAAUGCAAAAAUGGCACAAUGCUAGAGAUCGAUAGAAUCACAUUCCUUGUUUUCCAUUCCAAAAUUGUUUUGAUUUCACUGUAUCAAAAGAAAAGGCAGGAAAGUGAAGGCCUCUAAGAAGGCCUACUUCUCGGGGCAAGAUGUUCAAUGGCGGCGUUGCCUGGUUCUCUCAAAGUGUCAGUGAAGAACUCUGCAGAUUUUGGGCUGCUGAAGGAGGAGUGAUUACAAACCAGGAUGGUGCUGACUAUAUGUUUAGCAGUGAUGCUUCCCACCCUGAUACAAAAAGAAUACACCAGAGCUUAGAUUAUCUCGAAGGCAAAAUCACUGUUUUCCAUUCUUGUUAUCUUACUGCUUGUGCCAACUCAGAAAUAAAAAAUACUGUGCCAUUGGGACAUUUCCUCCUUCCACCAGCCUGCUUGCAUCAAGAAAUUAGACAGAAAAUUGGUAGCUUUAUAUGGGAGCAAAUAACCGAUCUUCAGAAACAACAGGGCAGUCAAUAUGCUGAAGUAGAAGAUAACAAGGCAGAAGAUGAACAGAGCAGAAGAACAUUGGAAAGAAGUGAAGACAUUCAUACCCCCGAGACACUAGAAACAGGGAAACUGACAUACAUUCCACUUCAAGAUUAUCCAACAAGUAAUAUGGUGACAGGUUAUGCUUCUGCUAAAGAGAUGAAGAAAUUCCUUGGGGAGAUACGGGAUUUCAUUCCUGGAUGUUCUGGUUAUUUGGCGUACUGGAUUCCAAAUGAAACAAAAGCUUUAUCUGUGGUGAAAACAAAAUUAAAAAGAAAAUUAUAAACAAUAUCUAGCUUCUUACGAGAAACACACCAUAUCUCCGAGUAUUUUCCCCAGGGAUCCUUAUUUCUCAUAUUGACAGAGAAGCUUCACUUUGAAAUUUGUUGUCAGAAGGGCUGUUCCGUGUACAUUACAGAGUUUAAUACUGUUCUUGUUAUGUGUAUUGUAUGUUACAUUUGACCAAUUCAUGCUAUUUCCUUUUCUUAGUGUAUCUUCAAAUCCAUUUAUUAGAGAACAUGUUAGACAACAAGUAAACAUGGGCAUAAGUGGAAAGAAUGGCUCCAAUCUCUCUAAUACUUAUUUCUAGGGUGUCCUAGAAAAUAUCUGAAGCCUUAAUACAGUUGCCCCUUGGAACUCGUGGGGGAUCCAUUCCUGACCCCACCCUGCGAAUUUCAAAACUCACACAUAUUCAAGCCCCAUAGGCUUGAAUGGGGUGCGAGAAUGCGGGGCGCACACCACGGGCACGCACCCCAUUGAGCUUAAUGGUGGUUGCCCCUCCUGGGACCUCAAGUCCGUGGACUUGGAGGGGUGACUGUAUUGUAUUCCAUGCACCUGAAGAAUUGGAUGGUUAUUCACAAAAGCUUAUGUUAAAAUAAAUGUUAAGGAUGCCAUUUCCACAACACUCUUGUUUCUUUGUUUGCUUCAGUCAACUUAUAAAGUGUGACUGUGACCUCUAGAUGGAGCUCUUUAAUAAAACAAAUAACUUUAACUGAGAGUAACAAGGGGGAGCAACGUGUGGUUUUGGGUCAAGCAGAGCAAAAACUAGGUGCAAGCAACCUCGGGCAAAACUAAAAAUAUCUUCUAAUCUUCAUUGCAUCACUCACUUCUGAAUGUUGUUAGUGUGAUGAAGAACAUAGAAGAGUGCCAAACUGAAUCUUGAUUCAGAACAAUGUGGAACCUUGAUCUAAUUUAGUGAUGUAGUAAACACACACACACACACAAAACUGGACAACAAAUUCCAAAAGACUUCCUGUCUGCUUGCAUAUGGAUCUAACCAUCCACACUUGUAUAUAUCGUAUAAAUAAAAGCAAU